AUGGCGGCGGCGACGGCGGCGCCCGCUGCUGCUGCUUCCGAGGCGGCAGCGAGCGCACCCGAGGCCCGGGACGAGGACUGCCGCGACGUCCGGGUGCUGCAGAGCCUGCGGGGCAAGAUCUGUGAAGCGAAAAACUUACUGCCGUAUCUUGGACCUAACAAAAUGAGAGAUUGCUUCUGUACCAUAAAUUUGGACCAAGAAGAAGUUUAUCGUACACAAGUUGUUGAAAAAUCUUUAAGCCCAUUUUUCAAUGAAGAAUUUUACUUUGAAAUUCCAAGAACUUUCCAGUAUUUGUCAUUCUAUGUUUUUGAUAAGAAUGUUUUACAAAGAGACCUUCGUAUAGGAAAAGUAGCCAUCAAAAAAGAAGACUUAUGUAAUCACAGUGGCAAAGAAACUUGGUUUUCACUACAACCUGUUGACUCCAAUUCAGAGGUUCAGGGUAAAGUUCAUCUUGAAUUAAAACUGAAUGAACUGAUAACAGAGAACGGAACUGUGUGCCAGCAACUUGCUGUACACAUCCUGGCAUGCCAUGGCUUGCCUCUCAUCAAUGGACAGAGCUGUGACCCAUAUGCGACCGUGUCUCUUAUUGGUCCUUCGAGGAAUGACCAAAAGAAGACAAAAGUAAAGAAGAAGACGAGCAAUCCGCAGUUCAAUGAAAUCUUUUAUUUUGAGGUAACUAGAUCCAGUAGUUACACCAGAAAGUCCCAAUUCCAGGUAGAAGAGGAGGACAUUGAAAAGCUAGAAAUUAGGAUUGACUUGUGGAAUAAUGGAAAUCUGGUUCAAGAUAUCUUCCUAGGUGAGAUUAAGGUUCCAGUGAAUGUCUUAAGAAAUGAUGCCUCUCAUCAGGCCUGGUACCUGCUACAGCCAAGAGAUAAUGGGAACAAGUCAUCAAAACCAGAUGAUCUGGGGUCUCUUCGGCUAAAUAUCAAUUACACAGAAGACUAUGUGCUCCCUUCAGAGUACUAUGGUCCUUUAAAAACUCUGCUGCUAAAAUCACCAGAUAUUCAGCCAAUCUCUGCCUCAGCUGCUUACAUUUUGGGUGAAAUAUGUCGAGACAAGAAUGAAGCUGUUUUGCCGCUUGUCCGACUGCUGCUGCAUCAUGAUAAACUCGUCCCUUUUGCCACUGCAGUGGCUAAAUUAGACUUGAAGGAUACACAAGAUGCAAAUACGAUUUUUAGAGGAAACUCCUUGGCUACCCGAUGUCUGGAUGAGAUGAUGAAAAUAGUGGGAAGGCACUACCUGAAAGUGACAUUGAAACCUAUUCUAGACGAGAUAUGUGAAUCCUCUAAAUCCUGUGAAAUUGACCCUAUCAAAUUAAAAGAGGGAGACAAUGUGGAAAAUAAUAAGGAGAAUCUGCGCUACUUUGUAGACAAGUUAUUCAGUACAAUAGUCAAAUCAAGUAUGAGCUGUCCCACUGUGAUGUGUGAUAUCUUCUAUUCUCUAAGGCAAAUGGCUACUCAAAGAUUUCCUAAUGACCCUCAUGUUCAGUACUCUGCUGUGAGCAGCUUUGUAUUUCUCCGUUUCUUUGCUGUAGCCGUAGUGUCACCUCAUACUUUUCAUUUGCGACCUCAUCAUCCAGAUGCACAGACAAUCAGAACAUUAACUCUCCUCUCAAAAACAAUUCAGACUUUGGGAAGCUGGGGGAGCCUAUCCAAAAGCAAGUCAAGUUUCAAGGAGACGUUCAUGUGUGAAUUUUUCAAAAUGUUUCAAGAAGAAGGAUAUAUCAUAGCAGUUAAAAAGUUCUUGGAUGAAAUUUCAUCUACUGAAACGAAAGAGUCCAGUGGUACAAGUGAACCAGUGCACUUGAAAGAAGGUGAAAUGUAUAAACGAGCUCAGGGAAGAACUCGGAUUGGAAAGAAGAAUUUCAAGAAACGGUGGUUCUGCUUAACAAGCAGGGAGCUUACCUACCACAAACAACCAGGCAAAGAGGCAAUUUACACAAUUCCAGUGAAAAACAUCCUUGCCGUGGAAAAACUAGAAGAGAGCUCUUUCAACAAGAAAAAUAUGUUCCAAGUAAUACAUACGGAGAAACCACUCUACGUCCAAGCCAAUAACUGUGUGGAAGCAAAUGAGUGGAUUGAUGUGCUCUGCAGGGUGAGCCGAUGCAAUCAGAACAGGCUCAGUGUUUAUCACCCCUCAGCAUAUCUCAACGGAAACUGGCUCUGCUGUCAAGAGACAAGCGAAAACACUCUGGGCUGCAAGCCGUGCACUGCAGGCAUCCCUGCAGACAUCCAAAUAGACAUUGAUGAAGACAGAGAAACAGAAAGAAUCUAUUCCCUUUUUAACCUGAGUUUACUUAAAUUGCAGAAAAUGGAAGAGGCCUGUGGAACUAUAGCAGUCUAUAUAGGACCUCAGAAAGAGCCUGAUGAUUAUUCCAACUUUGUAAUUGAGGAUUCUGUGACGACCUUUAAGACAAUUCAGCAAAUAAAAAGCCUCAUAGAAAAGCUGGAUGAACCUCAUGAAAAGUACAGGAAGAAAAGAUCAAGUAGUGCAAAAUACGGGAGCAAGGAAAAUCCAAUUGUUGGCAAGACCUCUUAAGAGUUUAACCAGUUGAUUCAGAAGAACUGGAAGCUAUUUUUGUUGGUAUUUUUUAAUCCGUCCUGUUUUGUUCAGAGUAUUUAAGAAUGAACAUUGGAUUUAGUCUCACCUACAUUCACAUUAUAUUUAAUAACUGAUAUUAACUGGGAACCUGAUGUUGCUAUAUUAAUAGAGAAUUUGGAACCCAAGAGUCCCUUCAUAUUUUGUGUCAAAAGCCAUGUUUUUGCAAUUUUUUUAAUAGAAAGAAUCUUCCUGAGAAGCUUUCUAACAAAAGGAGAACUCCUCCAUAGCAAGAAACCAUCUCUUCUUGUAACACUCCGUGUUCUGUGAACUUUUCACUACCAUUAGU